AUGGGCAAUGUGUGCAGUGUGGAUGCUUCUAACACUCCCCAGCCUCGCGCCUUACCCUCCAGCACCUGGGGCCAUCGCCAUAUCCUCCUGCACCGGGGGCUUCUCCUUACCCCCCGGCGCCAGGGGCUUCCCCCUACCCCCCUGCGCCAGGAGCAUCGCCCUACCCCGCCAGCACCAGGGGUCUCUCCAUACCCCCCUGCUCCUGGGGCCUCCCCGUAUCCUCCCGCGCCGGGGGCUUCUCCUUACCCACCUGCUCCAGGCGCUGGCGCUUACCCACCCACGGGUGCCUCGACCUACCCCCCAGCCUCGGGGGCACCAGGGUAUCCCCCUGCCACCGCAGCCCAGGGGUACCCACCCGCCUCUGGAGCUCCUAGCUACCCACCUGCUCCCAGCGGCGCUCCCUACGGACAGCCCCCAGCCCAGCCUGCAGCCCAGAGUUAUGGCGGCGGUAUGCCUCAGAAGCAGCAGCACUACGAGACAGGGGCGCCCUGUGGCGGCAGCCUGCUGGCUUACCGGGUGAGUACUGACGCCAUUCUGUGUUACUCUUCACCUUUGCCACACCCGCACCCAUCCCUUGACCCGGCCCACUUGGGGGAGAGGAGAUCAAUCAGGGGUUGUUUCUGUCCCUUGCAUCUUCCUCUGUCAGCCCCAUCACUUGCCAUCGCUCACUGCUUGUAG